AUGACGAUGAACAAUAUGACGAUGGAUAUGACUAUGCAGAUGAAUUUCUACUGGGGCAGAAACGUCACUAUCCUCUUCUCUAAGUGGCCUGGAAACGACCAACACAACCCAGGCAUGUACAUAUUGGCUCUCUUCUUUGUGUUUGCCAUGGCCUUUGCAAUGGAAGCUUUGUCCGUCUGGCCGACUAUCAAGCCCGGCGGAAGUGCGGUUGCGAUAGGGCUGACUCAGGCUUCUCUUUACGCGAUUCGCGUCAGCUUGGGUUACUUUGUGAUGCUCGCAGUUAUGUCCUACAACAUUGGAAUUUUCAUAGCAGCCGUGGCUGGACACACGGUUGGAUUGUUUGUAGCCAAGACUAGUGCUCUUGCCAUGACCAAGCCUUCAGAGUUCGAACCUUCAACGAGCAUUUGA